UUAUUUCGGGCAGCGCAGCUGAUCGGUAGCUGGAUCUUGAAAGUGUUUGCCAAGGAUCUUAGGAUCUAAGAACCACAGGACAAUGGUCAUCGAGGAGUGGAAGAAAAGCGGCAUUGCCACCAAAUUUCCCACCUAUCGCAACUCGCCGCUAAUUACCACUCACAGCUGGCAGAAGGGCAAACGGGAGGACGAUUGCGCCGAAGGACUCUGGCGCAUCUAUGAUGGCAUCUACGACUUUACCGAGUUCAUAGAUAAGCAUCCUGGCGGUCCUUUCUGGAUACGCGAAACCAAGGGCACCGAUAUCACUGAAGCCUUUGAGGCUCAUCAUCUGACAACGGCUCCUGAGAAGAUGAUUGCCAAGUACAAAGUGCGGGAUGCUGCGGAGCCCAGGAUCUACACUUUGACCCUCGAGGAAGGAGGCUUCUACAAGACCCUCAAGGAGCGAGUGCGCGAAAAGCUGAAGACGGUCGACAAGAGUCCAAAAAAGAAGAGUGACUUGAUCCACUUUGGCUUGAUAGUUGCACUCUACAUCUUUGGCAUCGCCAGUGUCAAGUUCAAUAGCAUUUUGGCUCUGAUCCUGGCUGGUGUUUCCCUUUGCUGGACUGUGAUCGUGUCCCACAACUACUUCCAUCGUCGGGACAACUGGCAGAUGUAUGCCUUUAACCUGGGACUGAUGAACUUUGCCGCCUGGCGAGUAUCCCAUGCUCUGUCGCAUCAUAUUUAUCCCAACUCCUACUUCGAUCUGGAGCUGUCCAUGUUCGAACCGCUGCUGUGCUGGGUUCCAAAUCCGCACAUCAAGAGCAAGAUCAUGCGCUACGUGUCCUGGGUGACGGAGCCGGUGGCCUAUGCCCUGGCCUUCUUCAUACAGAUAGGCACACGUAUUUUCUACUCACUGCGCCACACGAACAUCUUGUACUGGCACGACCUGUUGCCGCUGAGCAUUCCGGCAGCCAUCUAUCUGGGGACAGGCGGAUCUCUCGGCCUUUGGAUUUGCGUUCGCACUUGGCUAGCGAUGACGUCGAUUGCUAGCUUUAGCUUUUGCUUGAUCGGUUUGAAUGCGGCGCAUCAUGACCCGGAGAUCUACCACGAGGGCGAUGCCAAUCGGGAGGAUCGGGACUGGGGCCUCUUCCAGGUGGACACGAUCAUUGAUCGCGGAGAUCUCAAGGGAUCGCAAUUCCUGGUGCUCACCCACUUUGGUGACCAUGUACUUCAUCUCUUCCCCACGCUGGACCACGGACUGCUCCCAGCUCUCUAUCCGGUGUUGUAUGAGACUCUGGACGAGUUCAAGGGUCAGCUGCGCGAAUGCAACCACAUUGAGCACAUGAUCGGUCAGCAUAAGCAACUGCUGCGCAUCGAGCCCAAUCCCAGGGCUCCAGGAGCGGGAAAAUAAGACAUACUUAGUCAGGGGGUCAAUGUAAAAAUUAAUAAAUAAAUACAUACUCUUUCUAGUUUUUACUAAUAA